CUGACGAAUUUCUCCUCCGCGAGGAACGACGGAAUUCGAACGCAGCGCGAGCUCCGGAUUGGCGGCAGUUGAGCUGCAAGUGCAUGCGCUGCGCAUGCGUCGCUCGCCGCUAUUGGCCGAUGCAACGGCGCUGUCAUAUGACGAAGCUGCGUGGCAUGAUGGGAUCGCGGAUCGCGAUUUUGCAACAUGGCGGUUAAGUGAGGCGAAGUCGUGGGUGUUGUGCCAUCGGAAAAUGUAUUUUUCGUAGUCGCCCGUAACGAUUCCGUCGUACCUCGCAGUCGCGCGACAGUGAAAUACGUGUUCGGGUGGUGUCGGACGACCGGUGGAGGGUGUAAAUAUGAGCGGAGCGGCCGGCAGCGCGGCAAUUAAGGUGACACCCCACGGCACCGUGCGCUGCUCGGGCACGUAUGGCAGGCACUAGGACCCGUGAGAUAAGGGAGCCCAGCUUUUGUCCGAGCGAGCCGCGAGUCACGAGAGCAGCUGCCAACGUCGAGUGCAGCGAGCUAACAGCACCGAGUAACAGCGCGAUGUUGUGGCCAGCCCUGCCGAACUGUGAGAACAUAUGCGCAAGAAAUAGAAGCUUCAUCGGUCACUGUGAUUUCUGAUCGUGCAUGCGUGCCAAACACGAAGAUAUAAGAGGGCGUUAAGAAGAUCCAAUGGUUUCCUGACAUGAUGGAGGGUAAAUUAUAUGUGAAGAAUGAGCCGGGACUUGAAGGGCAAUCACUCGCAAAUCCUCAGCCCAAUCCGUCCGCCGAUGACGGCGGAGGAGCUAGGAUUUGCUUCGUCUGUGGCGCUGUGGGCCACAGCGAGCAGUAUUGGCUCCGAGUGAAACCAAGCCCGGGUGGCGCGCCCAACGAACCCUACUUCCCGUUUCUCGAGUCGCACGAGCCGCCGAGCGGCUAUCGUGGCGAGGGUGUCAGAAGCGGUGCUGUCAAAGCGUGCAGCCUCUGCUACACUCUGCUGCUGCAACAGUGGGAGAGUUACGAGCAAGAUGCCAGGCCUCACAGUCAGCGUAUUUAUUGGCUGAAGAGAUGCGAUGGCGGCCCUUUCACGGGGGCCGAGAUGGCACUCCAGGGCGAAUACGCCGCGCAAAUCCUGGGUUUGACGAACGAUCAAACGCCGCAGAUGAGACAAGAUGCCCGGCCGGUCGGCAUCUCCCCGCGAUUACCACCGAACUCACCCUCGCCGAGAGUCGAGCAAACCAGACCGCCGUCGAAUUCGGUCGAACUGCCGAGGCCGCAUUCUAACACGGCGGAAACGCAUAGGCACUUGGAACAAGCGAGGCUCACAAUGGAAUCUCCCCACCAGAGAUUGCACUCACCUCACCAAAGGUUGCAAAGCCCACGACAGCCCGUUGAAGACACUAGAAUAUCCAAUGAGGCAGCGUUGGAUUUGAGACACGCACCUAGGAGUUCACCUGCACCACAACCUACCUUACCACCACAACCACAAGCUAUUUAUAGCGGUGGAUCGUCGUCCAGCGUCGGCACGGACAUCUUGGAUCUGUCGAUGCCGGACAAGAACUCAGCCACGGAAGUCUGUUACGUGUGCGGGGACGAGUUCAAGAGAGGAUCCCUCAGUCACAUCGCAGCGAAGCCACUGCCAAGCCUGCCGCAUCCUUCUGCCAGUCCUCCGCCGUUCUUUCCGUCAUUGAUGCUUCAUCCCAGGCCAAGUAGGAGUCGACCUAUGGACAGCGCUGGUCGAGUGCAGGCCUGCUCAACGUGCCAGAAUGACCUUUUAUUACAAUGGAAAACGUACAAGCAGCGGGGAACGCCACACGGUGAGAGAAACUAUAUGCUUCGCAAGCGACAAGCACCUGCGACGGAUACAACUACGUUUAUCUGCUACACUUGCGCCCUCGAGUACCCUUCAUCCAGUAUUAGACUUAUGUAUUGCUGUGCUAAUCCCGAGAAGGAGGCGUACUUCCCCUUUAUUUGUAAUCUGAGACCUCCACAAGGAGCUAGUCCUAUUAGUCCUCAGGGAAUGGUGCAAGUUUGCUCCAUUUGUUAUAAAGCUAUCCCGCAGAAGCAGCAAGUGUUUGGUGGAGAAAAUCACGAAGCCCAACCAGCCGGGCAAAAUACAGAUUUUCGUCAGCAAGGUCCCUCACCACGACCCGCUGUCUCCAAAUCUCCAGCUAAUUCAGCUGGUGGCGAUAUUCGCUUCAAGCCAUACGACUUAAACAAGUCAACGGUCGCUGCGAACAAGCAGCGCAGCACUACUACUGUGAAAGCGCCCGCACCUGGGCAACGAAAUUCACCCAGCAAUGGCCCUGCGGAAAAUGGGAACGUUGCACUCGGCCAAAAUUAUAGGUGCUAUAUUUGCGAGAGAUUGUAUCCACGUACUCACAUGGAGUGGUUGUCUACGAGCCCAGAAGGGAUGAAUUCACAUGCCAUGCAUUUCCCUUGCCUAAGAGGAAUGGUACGCACGUCAGAGAACGCCUGUAUGGACAGCCACGGUAGGGUAUUAGCGUGUAGUCACUGCGUGAAUCAUCUUGCGCAACAGUGGGAAAGUAUGGAUGCUGAACGAGUUCCUUUAGAACGCCGCAGGUACGAUAUUCCUAGUCCACAUCCAAACGGCGACGUGAACCGGUCGAUCGCUACGCCACCAAGCUCCAGCUCGGAUCGAACGUUCGGAAGUAACCCGGGCACGUCGAGCAGCUCGAUCUACUGUUUCUUGUGCGGUUUACACAGUGACUUGACUCUAGCUAGAGUCUUGUACGGUCGGCCGCAGGGUCGAAACGCGCCAUUCUUUCCGGAAUUGUUGCGUCAUCAGUCUCCGCCGAACGCCGAGCAGCUACGCGAGGACGGCUCCGCGCUGGUGUGCACCUUUUGUUAUCAUUCGCUGUUAGCGCAAUGGCGUCGAUACGAAUCUCUUUCCGGUGGUCAGCAAGUGAAUGCCGCUGAGCGGCAAUACAACACCCACGACUACUGCUGUUACGUGUGCGGCAUUACAACGUACCGGAAACGAGUACGAGCCUUGCCGGUCAAGGAUUUCCCGUUCUUGAGGUACCAUAGGCAACCGGAGAAGAGUUUGCUGCUGGAGAACGGCGACUUUGCCGUGGUCUGUUUGGACUGCUACGAGACCUUACGUACGCAGAGUCUCGAGUACGAGAGAUGGGGCUUGCCGGUCGAGAAACGGGAAUAUAAUUGGAUCGUGCAGCCUCCGCCGCCCGAGGACAGCCCCGACGCUGCCAUAGCCAGGUUACCGUCCGGCGAAAGAUCAGAGAAAGUGGUUCCACCGACUUUAACAGUCAGGCCAGCGCGAAAGAACUGUUCACCAAAGGCUCCCGAUAAGAAGGUACCGACAAAAAUUCCGGAGAAAGAACAAGGUUUACAGCCUGCCAGCACCAAAGCCCAGCCAACCUCGAUUGGCAAGUCCCACCGACCCAGUUCCGGUGUUCUACCUCAGGGUCACACUCCGGGACCUGGACCGGGCGGGCAACAGAAUAGCAGGAGUUUCGCCGCAGCCUUGAGAAACCUGGCCAAGCAGGCGGGCCCGGCUCCUCAGGAAGAGGAACCCCGCGCCAGCCCGAAGAACCGGGCGCCACCUUCCUUGGUCAGAGGUCCUUCCCCUGCUAAGGAGCGAUCGACACAUGAACGAAGACCCGAGGAGAUUCCCUCCUUGUACACUACGACUGCCAGACCCGUUGAAAGCAGCAAGCACAGCGUAACUGCCGCGGCUACCGAGUUGCUGGCCCGUUCCGGUUUCCAGCCAUACCGGCCCGAGCACCAUCCGGCCCAUCCACCGGCGUUCGCCCUGGAUCCUACGACCUAUAGCGCCUAUCAUCCUGGUCUCUACCCACCGCCACAUCUGCAACACGCUUAUAGAUUAGAGGAACAGUUGUACUUGGAGCGGUGCGGAAUGUUGAGACCGCCGUUGUUUCCCGGACUGCCGUCGUAUCCUCUGUAUGGAUUGAGAUACAGUCCAGACAUGCUUCCUCCGCCGCCCGCCUCCCUGAGCCUCAUGUCUCCCGUGAUGCAUGAACGGCUGAAGCUGGAGGAGGAGCACAGACUGAGGCAAGCACGAGAGCAGGCUGCGUUGCGAGAGGAGGAGGAGAGGAGAAGAGCAGCGAGAAGUUCUGCUUCCGCCGCACCGGUACCCACUCCUGCACCUGCAUCCGCCGAUACUGCAGCUAGGAAGCCGACCAUAGCGACUCAGAUGCAUAGCGAUCGGGACCGUGAACGCGACGGCAGAGAACGACAAAGUGGCAGCGGUGGCGGUGGCGGUGGCGGUGGCGGUGGCAAUAGCGGUAGCAGUAGCGGUGGCGGUGGAAGUGGCAGUGGCGGUGGCGGUGGCGGCGGUGGAAACAGUGUCAGCAAUGCCAACCACAUUGGUGCUGGUAACAAUACUAGCAACGCCGGCAACAUCAGCAGCAAUCAUCAUCAGUCUCGGAAAGAAGAGCAGCUGCCCGCGCCAGUUCCACCGCCGCCAACGCCUUCCGAUCCAACGGCAGCGGCCAGCAUCUACCAUUCUCGCCUGCCAACUUUCCCGGCUCCAGUGGCGCCCAUCGCACCGUCCCUGGGCUCAACUUCCAUAUGCUCCGAUAACUCCGCGCCUAUAGCACCCUCUUUGGGCUCCACCUUGCCCCCUUUGAACCUCGGACCACCGACGGCUAUAAGCACCGCGCGGAUCGGUCCUCCGCAGAUACCCCCGAUACCCUCGCUAUCCUCCAUACCUUCGAUACCCACGAUACCAACGAUACCCACUAUACCAACUAUACCUACUAUACCCUCUAUUCCAUCUUUAGCGCCGGGUGUAAUAGGACCUCCACCGCCGCCGUCGUUAUCCUUGGGCAUGUCUCUUCCACCCAUCAUUUCCAUCCCUUCCUUUCACCUACCCUCCGUGCCGUCGAGUACUCUCCAUUCUAGUCAGCAUACGAUGAGCAGCGCAACUACCACCAACGUCACCUCUUCCACUUAUCACCAACAACAACAGCACCAAUCUCUGCCGCAGCAGCAGCAGCAGCAACAACAGCAGCAGCAGCAGCAGCAGCAGCAACAACAGCCGCAACAGCAGUCGCAGCAGCAACAUCAACAACAACGCGUGAGCAGUGCGAAUAUCACGACGACUACGAGUUCCGUGUCUAACACAAUGACGACGCACUUACUGACGCCUCCAAACGGCUCUUCGUCAUUGUUGAAUGCGAUGCACCACAUGACCCUGAAAUCCCCGCCGCUGUCGCAUGGCUUUUCUAUCAUGAGAAACAAAGAAGUGUCAGUCACAGCGACAGGAACGUUGCCCACAGCGACGGGAACAUUACCCACGACGACGACCAUGACGACUACGACGAGCACAACGACCACGUCUCAGCCGGCUUUCGUCAGGCCUUUCGAGGAUUCGUUCCGCUCGUCGACGAAAACACAGCCGAAGCCGGCAACGAGCAGUCAUAACCACAGUAUAGCCAACCAGAUCGGUCAUCACGUGCCGGAGUCGUCGUUGAAGUCCUCACCGAUGCCGACACCGGCCGUGUCUCAGGCUGUGGGCAGUCAGGUGAUGCCGGAGACCUCGACGUUGGAUAGCAGCAGCCAUGCGAAAUCCAUGAGCGGUCCGAAACCAACGCUUGUUCAUCCGAUCCCAUAUAUGCCGCAACCGUAUCAUCCGCAUAUACCCAUCCCGCAUGUGCCAAGUCUGUACAAGCCGCCGCACUUUUCGUCAUUAUCGUCGUCUCUGUCGUUGCCGUCGUCGUUGUUGUCGCCACAUCAUUAUCAGCAACAGCUGCUGCUGCAACAGCAGAUGCAACAGCAACAACAACAGAUGCAGCAGCAGCAGCAGCAGCAGCAGCAACAGCAACAGCAGCAUCACUCCCAACUCAAGCUCAACGUACCUACGAUAACCAGCAGCAGCAGCAGCAGCAGCAGCAGCAGCAUCAGUCACAGCGGUAGUAGUAGCGUCAGCACGAGUGUCGUGACUACUUCGAACGGCGUGAAGCAACAGAGUAACGUGCAACACGUCAGCGAGUCUCAUCCGACCACGACGACGACGACGACGACGACGACUACGACAACAACGGUGGCUAGCUCGCGAAACGAGAAUACGACCAACUGCGUUUCCAGCGCGAUAAGCGAGAAGGCGAUAAGCAACAACGGUGCCGGUCUCAGCGCGAACAAUGCAACCGCACCAGUAGCAGUAGCAGUGACAGUACCGGUUACAGUACCGGUUACAGUAGCAGUUACAGUAGCGGUUACUACUAGUAGCAGCAGCGGCGAUAAAAUCGCGAAUCACACGAGCACGCAUCACAAGAGUAAUUCGGAUGUCUCGACAAACGAUGUCAAGCCGAGUGUCUGCAACGAGAAGAGCAACGCGAGCGAGAAUACGAAUAUUAAGCAACAACAGUCGCAGCCGCAGCCGCAGCCGCCGGAUCAGAAUCACGAUGCGACGACUUCGAUUAAGAAGGAACCCCUGAGCCAGCAGCAGGAAGAUGAAUGGUUCCCGCCCCCUUAUCCAUCGGAACCUAACGUUGAGAAGGAGAAGAACCAGCAGAUCACCGGGAUCGAUCGUAAUACGCAAUGCGAUCAGAACGUCUUGUCCACAUUACCGUUUCAAUCGCACUUUCAGUUCAGCAUAUGUGACAUUGCGCAGAGCAUCAAGUCCCAGGAGGUGUUGCGCACUUGUCAGAACGUCUCUAACGUGCUCCUGCAGAUCCCGAAGUAUCAGGAGAAGCUCUUGAACUUCUCGAGCAGCAACAACGAUCUGAAGACGACCGCGUUUUGCUUUACCGACAAGUGCAAUAAUUUGACUGAGAUUUCCGUGAGGUGCGAACCAGCGGUGCUGAACGUGCCUGACCUCAGCAAGGCUCUUGGAGUCAAGGACCUUACCAGUGGCGAGAUAACCUUUCUGGUACCUGAGAAGCCGAAGGAGCUGACGUCGUCCCUCGAUUUAGCCGAGAAGAAACGCAAGCGGAAGCGAGAGAGGAACGCGGGCGUCAUCACGUGUAGCUCAGACUCGGAAGCCGAAGAGGAGACCAAAGACUUGGAUCUUUGGAUCACGAAAGGCCCACCGGCUAAGCUACAGUAUUCCGACGAGAAAUUGUCCUUUCUGGCCAUGUUCGGCUUGACCACGCUAAACACCAAGAACGAGAUAGAAUUGUGUAAGGUCGAGAAGAGAUUCAAAUUGAAUCCCGAUCCGCCAGAACUACCUCCGGCAAAAGUAGAGCCUGUAGUUGAGUCCGUUUUGCCGAUUCCGCGCGAGCAUCCGGACGUUUUGCUUCACACGCCAGAUUUCGAGCCCAAAGUUGGCUUUCUCAGGACCAUAGGCCUCGAUAUUAUGCCUCCCAAUAAAAGAGACGAGGCAGAAGAGACAUGGCAGUACGUUCUACAAGAUCGCAAGAAACGAAAGAGCGCGAACUCCGUUACUGCUUACUGUGAAAGAAUCGCCAAAGUUUAUUCUAAGAAUCCUCCAGCUUUACCAAAACCAUCAUCUCAAAAGAUGCGACUUCUGGAUAGAGUUAAAAAGAACCACAUCCCGGAACGUCCACCACCGCUACCACCUUUGGUUCCGAAUAUCGUUUCGAUGUGUUAUCCUACUUUACCUAUACCGCCUAUACCUGGUGAGAACGGUGUGAAACAGCACUGUAAAACCAUAGACAUCAGCGAGAGCACCGAAGAAGUGAGCGAGAAGAAAGAGAAGUCGAAGUGGACUGGAAUCGAGGAUAUUAUGUACGCUUAUAAAGAAUAUUUGAAAGAGAAGGCACUGGAGAAGAGAAUUCUGACAAGCGAAACAUCAAAACUGGUGGCGCAGUCCAACAUCUUGCGUUCCGAAACCAUUCAGUUAGAACGGAAGAUUUACGAGCUCCUGUCCGCUAGAACAGCCCUUGAUUCCGAGAGGCGAAAGCUCAGUGACAAAAUCGAACGGAUCAAAGCACUCAUUAGGAACCUUAGAUAGCGUCGCAUAACGCACAACACGGAAACUCAUUCAUCUGUGAUAUUAUCAGCGGGUUAAGGGCCGUUAGCGCGUAAAGUACACAUACCGCUAAACGUAACAUUUAGAUAAGUAACGAUUAAGGACGAUAACUUUCAGUGACCAAAUGUACAGCGAUCCUUCUCGUGUGUAUUGUUUUUUGCGGAUUUUAUUAUUGCAUAGUACAACGCCCUCGCGCCGUUGACGACGGGUGGUCGUGUCGGAAAAUGCGGAGGUUCUCGAUUCCCCCGGCUGGCAGAUCCACCGAGGCUGCGAUCGCGACCGUGGCUCAACCGUGGCUUACCGCACUAAUCGAUAGGUAUUGUUUGGGCGCACUUCGCCGAGCGCGCGCCGAUCUUGAAUUGCAAACGCGGAGUCAUAUCAAUCUUGUACGUGGAUAUGUAUAAAGUUGGACUGUACAAAUCGAAGCAUCCCAUCCGUGGAAACGCAGUUUUUACGACCGCGAGUUAAACACACGACUAAGGCUUUCUAGUUUCAUCCUCUAACGGCUCUUACACUCCGAGCAUAAAUAUAAUUGUAAUUUGUAUCAUAAUAUUUUAAUGAAAAGAAAAAUAGACAAAUCGCGCGUGUAACUUAUUUUAUUCUGCGUAAUGUGGACUUUUACGUCGAGUUAUACUUGAAAGAACUAUGAUAUAUAUCACGCAAUUUGUAUGUCGACCGAUUGAUAAAGUUAAGCGUUAGAGAAGA